AUGAUUACUCGGUAUCUGUUCGAAGAUGAACGACAGUAUAGCCCUGGUGUAUUGACAGAUUUGCGCUCUGCAUUGGUCAACAACACCAUCUUUGCAAGCUUGGCAGUGAAAUACGAUUUCCACAAGCACUUCGUUUCUAUGUGUCCCGGUCUUCACCACAUGAUUGAGAAGUUUGUCAAGUUAUGCACUGAAAGAAACUUCUUUGAUGCCAACUUCAACUCAGAGAUGUACAUGGUGACGACCGAAGAGGAGAUCGAUGAGGGGCAAGAAGAGGACAUUGAAGUGCCGAAAGCGAUGAGUGAUAUAUUCGAAAGUGUCGCUGGAGCAGUUUACCUAGACGCGAAUCGUGACCUAGAUGUUGUUUGGCGAGUAUUUUAUAAUUUGAUGAGACAAACAAUCGAAGAAUGCUGCGCUUAUCCACCCCGAUCACCUAUAAGAGAACUGAUGGAACUCGAGCCAGGAAAAACUCGUUUCAGCAAGAUGGAGAGGAUAAUCGAAAGUGGAAAAGUGAGAGUGACAGUCGAUAUAGGAAACAAGAUGAAAUUCACGGGAAUGGGUAGAAAUUAUCGCAUUGCGAAGACAACGGCAGCUAAAAGAGCUUUGAAGUAA